GAAGAGAAAAAAAAAGUUAGUUAGGUUAGUGAGAGGGCUGUGAUUUUCAAUGCGCAGUACAGUCACUACCAAUGCCUGCGUUAGAAGAGCCGUAAACUACUGGAAAAGCAACACAGACAGCGAUUUUAGAAAGUUUAGACACCUUAGAAAAAGUUUUAGAGAUACAGUUUUGUAGAUAUGCGCGUUUCCACAUUUAUUUGGGUGUUUUUGGCAAGCAGCAAAACACAACGUUGCCGAUUUUUUUCCUUCGCAAGGCUUGGAUAAUUGAUAAAGCGGCCGGACACAGAACAUCUUUUUGGGUUGUUUUGGAUUAAAAUUUUCGCCAUUUGUAUGGUUGCAGCCGACUUUCCUUGAAAACGGUUUCUGUUGGAUAGAAAGAAGAGUUUUACUUUUAUCUGGAGUCAUGGAUCCGAACCAGCACAACCCUCCAGCCGGCCACCAGAUCGUCCAUGUUCGGGGAGACUCCGAGACCGAUCUGGAGGCUCUUUUUAACGCUGUGAUGAACCCGAAAAACACCAUCGUCCCCCCUUCCGUGCCGAUGAGGUUGAGAAAGCUGCCAGACUCAUUCUUCACGCCGCCAGAGCCAAAGUCCCACUCCAGACAAGCCAGUACAGAUGCAGGUACUGCUGGUACCGUCACGCCCCAUCACGUCCGGGCACACUCCUCACCUGCCUCCCUGCAGCUGGGUGCAGUUUCUCCUGGUGCACUGACCAGCAUGGGUCCAGCAAACGCCCCACCUCAGCACCUCCGCCAGUCCUCUUACGAGAUACCCGAUGACAUGCCGCUGCCCCCAGGCUGGGAGAUGGCCAAGACCCCUUCGGGACAGAGAUACUUCCUAAACCAUAAUGACCAGACGACCACCUGGCAGGACCCACGUAAAGCUCUCCUUCAGAUGAACCAGGCCGCCCCAGCCAGCCCAGUGCCUGUGCAGCAACAGAACAUCAUGAACCCAGCCUCAGGUCCUCUUCCUGACGGGUGGGAACAAGCUAUUACCUCAGAAGGAGAAAUCUACUACAUCAAUCACAAGAACAAAACCACCUCUUGGCUGGACCCACGACUUGACCCGCGUUUCGCAAUGAACCAGCAGCGAAUUUCCCAGAGUGCCCCAGUAAAGCAAGGUUCCCAGUUGCCCUCCAGCCCACAGAGUGGAGUGAUGAGUGGAAACAACCCCAUCCGACUGCAGCAGAUCCACAUAGAGAAGGAGAGACUGAGGAUCAAACAAGAGCUCCUUCGCCAGAGACCUCAGGAGCUCGCCCUCAGAAACCAGCUGCCAACCAGCAUGGAGCAGGAUGGCGGCACCCAAAACCCUGUGUCUUCACCUGGUAUGGGCCAAGACGCCCGUAACAUGACCACCAACAGCUCUGACCCUUUCUUGAACAGCGGGACAUAUCACUCUAGAGACGAGAGCACAGACAGUGGCCUGAGCAUGAGCAGUUACAGCGUCCCUCGCACUCCAGACGACUUCCUCAACAGUGUGGAUGAGAUGGAGACAGGUGACACCCUCGGCCCCGGCUCAAUGGCAACACAGCCCAGCCGAUUCCCCGAUUACCUAGACGCCAUCCCGGGCACGGACGUGGACCUAGGCACCCUUGAGGGCGAGAGCAUGGCGGUGGAGGGCGAGGAGCUGAUGCCCAGCCUGCAGGAAGCCCUAAGCUCCGACAUCCUCAACGACAUGGAGUCAGUGCUGGCAGCUACCAAGAUCGACAAGGAGAACUUUCUAACCUGGCUAUAGAGAGCCCGAACCCAGCACUACACCUUCUCUUUCAUACCGAACUGCUGCCCAAUCCAAUCUGUGAAGGAUCUGUAGAUGCUUUGAGUCGACAAAAGACAUUUCACCUUUUUGUUUUUGGUUCUCUCUCGUUUUAUUCACAACAUUUGGCCCAAUUGGUUUUAAAAGCCGAACCUUUGGUCCUUUUUUUUAUUCUUCUUUUCAUGUCUGCAUCCUCAAGGCUGGCCCAUGAACAGACAAGUAUUCACAAGUAGCAGAAUCUCUCUCACGGCUGUACUGCACGUCGGCCCAUCAGCGUGCGAGUAUGUCCAUUUUGUGUUUUGUUUUUUGCCUCGCAAAACUCCGACAGAGCCAAGUGGGUUCAAGUGUUUCACAAGCGGGAACGACAAAGACAGACGAAUCCUGAAUAAAUGAAAGUCCCUGAUCUCAACUCAAGCUACAAUUGACUGUUUUACUUGAUGCAGCGAUGAGCCUGAGAUACCAAACGAACAAAAGCGAUGAGGAGGUCAUAUGUAUGUGGGUUCAAAUCUUUUUUUAACGCGUGGCUUUGGUUAAACAAAUACUGCUGCUUGGCUGUGCCAGCAUAUCACACUAGAUACUGUGUAAUCAAGUGCCUUCAGAUGAAAAAACAAAAGAAAAAAAAACAGUUUUUACACUCGAGAUCAUCGAUCAAAUUCGACGUUUUCUUUUACUUACUCUUCUUCAUUAAUCAAAGUAUAUUUCUUUCAAAGGUUUUAUAAAAGAAUAUUAUGUUGGGAAUUAGGGUUUGAUUUUUGUUUUGUUUCUUCUUUGAAGAACCCUAGCCUCCUUGUGUGUUAGUUUUUAUUUAAGCCUCAUUUUGUUUCUUGAGGGUUUUGGCAUUCAUUUGUGAUCAAAGAACAAGUUUUUGCUCUCAUAACCGCUUUCUUUUCUUCUAAGAGCUGCCUUACACUAUAUGAAUAAGAACACUGACUAGAAAAACUAGCAUUUCUGCUACGUUGUAACAGUUUGUUACCUAUUUUUUAUUCUUAUUGUACGAUUUUAGUAUCUUAGUUGAUGCUUGCUUGUUUAAGCAAAAAUAUCGUUCAACUAAAAAGCAAGGAACAAAACUAUCAAGGGCACUUUGAUCAAAAGACAGACGUCUCUGAUAUGAGCUCCAGCAGAGUCUGUGCCAGUUACGUUGAUGGCGUUUGGCGCCGAGACCGAUAUCGGGCAGGAAGUGAAAGAUUCUGAUACGUUUAAAAAUGGGUAGACCGAGUAUGUUUUGAGGGUUAGUGCUGUAGAUUAGCUUGGAUCUGAUUUGGUAUCGAUAGAGUAGACUUUCAUCAAGUUAUCAUUUCUGUCAGGAUUUCUUCCAAAGAUUUCUUCGUGAUGAAUCUUUUCUCGAAAUGGACGACGGGAUCAUUUAUCCUUCUUUGAUGUACACGUAAGACAUAAGCUAAUGAGAAAAGGUCUAACUGAUUUGAGGAGGGUUUAAUGAAGCAAGAUUUGACAGGUCUUCUUUUGCUGGUUCUAUGAUGUCAGAAGUUUACAUUAGUAGAACACUACAGUCUUUCCCGUUCAGAAAUACAAUAUGAAUUUUUUUAGUCUUGUUUACAAUAUGGUUAGCUUUACACUACGUGAUUAUAGCUUCAGAACUGGCCCGUACACUAUAUAAAUAUAUAUUUUAAAAGGUGAAGUUUUAUUGCCUCAGUAGGCAACAAUUGUAUUGUCAAAUAUUAUGAUCGAUACCUACAAGCUAGGCCGGAGUAAUGGAAAAAAAAAGACAAGCUAAGAGAAGUUUCUAUUUUUGCAAACAUAGUAUUGAUGGCAGACUCUAGUGGGCUAAAACAGUGUUGGAGAGAAAGAGAGCAAUGCAACAAAAGGUUUUCUGAAUUGUGAGGGUAUUGCACGUUUCUAGAACAUUGACUAAACUGUGUAUGUCACUUAAACUUGAUUAUUUGCUUGCUUAGUUUGCAACCGUUCAGAUUAUAUAGUAACUGUUUACUUUUUGUUUUCUUUCUCUUCGUUUUGUUUUGUUGUAGUGGUAGUACUAAUCACACAAGUUAAUGGAUUGGUAUUUAGAUUCCUUUAAACGCACCCAGAAUGAAUUUAUAUCCAUUUAUUAUGAUCUCGUUGUUGCUUUUUUUUAAUCAAUGUAUGUGCAUGUACUUUAGAACCUUAAGUUCUGUUACAUUAUAUCUCUUGACAUAUUACUUUAAAAUUGGCCUGGAAUAAAGUAUAUACUUUGGUA